AACUGACUGGCCAACAUGCUGGGCAUGGAGACAGCAAAAGAGGGCCUUGAAGAUGGUAAUUUCAUGCAGCGUUAUAGGAGAAGACUUGGAGACAAGGCCUUGCUUGCCUGCGGGCCAAAGCUGACCAACUCCCCCACGGUGAUUGUCAUGGUGGGCCUCCCCGCCCGGGGGAAGACUUACAUCUCUAAGAAGUUGACUCGCUACCUCAACUGGAUCGGCGUCCCAACGAAAGUGUUCAAUGUGGGAGAGUACCGCCGGGAGGCUGUGAAGCAGUACAGCUCCUACAACUUCUUCCGCCCUGACAAUGAAGAAGCCAUGAAAGUCCGAAAGCAGUGUGCCUUAGCUGCCUUGAGGGAUGUCAAGAGUUACCUGACGAAGGAAGGCGGGCAGAUUGCGGUUUUUGAUGCCACCAAUACUACUAGAGAGAGGAGACACAUGAUCCUUCAUUUUGCCAAAGAAAAUGAUUUCAAGGCGUUUUUCAUUGAGUCCGUGUGUGAUGACCCUACGGUUGUAGCCUCCAACAUCAUGGAAGUGAAAAUCUCCAGCCCUGAUUACAAAGACUGCAACUCUGCAGAAGCCAUGGACGACUUCAUGAAGAGAAUCAAUUGCUAUGAAGCCAGCUACCAGCCCCUCGACCCUGAUAAAAGUGACAGGGACUUGUCACUGAUCAAAGUGAUCGACGUUGGCCGGAGGUUCCUGGUGAACAGAGUCCAGGACCACAUCCAGAGUCGGAUCGUGUACUAUCUGAUGAACAUCCACGUGCAGCCGCGCACCAUCUACCUGUGUCGGCACGGCGAGAACGAAUACAACCUGCAGGGCAAGAUCGGGGGUGACUCGGGCCUGUCCAGCAGAGGCAAGAAGUUCGCCAACGCUCUGAGCAAGUUUGUCGAGGAGCAGAACCUGAAGGACCUCCGGGUGUGGACCAGCCAGCUGAAGAGCACCAUCCAGACAGCGGAAGCACUGAAACUCCCCUAUGAGCAGUGGAAGGCGCUCAAUGAGAUCGAUGCUGGCGUUUGUGAGGAGCUGACCUACGAGGAGAUCAGAGACACGUACCCUGAGGAGUACAUGCUGCGUGAGCAGGACAAAUACUACUACCGCUACCCGACUGGGGAGUCCUACCAGGACCUGGUCCAGCGCCUGGAGCCGGUGAUCAUGGAGCUGGAGCGCCAGGAGAAUGUUCUGGUCAUCUGCCACCAGGCUGUCCUGCGCUGCCUGCUGGCCUACUUCCUGGAUAAGAGUGCAGAGGAGAUGCCCUACCUGAAAUGUCCCCUUCACACCGUUCUGAAACUGACACCUGUCGCUUAUGGUUGCCGUGUGGAGUCCAUCUACCUGAACGUGGAGUCCGUGAGCACACACCGGGAGAGGUCAGAGGACGCAAAGAAGGGUCCUAACCCGCUCAUGAGACGCAAUAGUGUCACCCCACUAGCCAGCCCCGAGCCCACCAAAAAGCCUCGCAUCAACAGCUUUGAGGAGCAUGUGGCUUCCACUUCUGCCGCCCUGCCCAGCUGCCUGCCCCCGGAGGUGCCCACGCAGCUGCCCGGACAAAACAUGAAAGGCUCCCGGAGUGGCGCCGACUCGUCCAGGAAACAUUGAAUGAAGCAGACACAUCUCGUUCCAUUCCACUUCUAUUUCUGCAGCUUAGCUUGUGCCCUCCCAUCUGCCCAAGGCCCGAGGCCGAAGUAGUCCCAAGGACUUCUGCACCAGAAUGAGUGGCGAGGGGGGAUCUACUGGGUGAAGAGCAGCUACACCCCCGUGGCAUCAGAAUGGCCGAGACAUCAGGAAGCCGUGUGGAUCACUGCGUCCUCGGCAGUGAGCUGCCAGCCUCCCCACCUUCCGCCCUCCUGGGUCUUCCAGGGCAGUUUGGUGCCCGCCCCAAGGCGUGGGAGGGUGAAGCGUCGUGGAGGAGCUGAGAGAGGCCUGAGAGGGGGACGCUGGGCCCUGCUGUGCCGUGCUGUUUCCGUGAUCCUGCCCUGGUACGAUCCUAGCUGAGGAGGCAAGACUGGCAAAGCAUCUUGAAACUAGAGGAGACUAGAUCCUAAGUGCUGAAGGCCAAAGCCUAGGCCUGUUUGAAAAUUUCUGCAUGGCUCCGCUGGGCAUCUCAGCCUGGGGAGGUGCUGUGCAAAGGGACGUGGGUACAGGCUGAGCUGGGACCCCUUCUCCUGAGAAGGCCGUGGCAGCUGAGCAGUGACCUGCCCUGGCUCCCCCACGUGUCCUCACACUGUCCCAGCCCUGAAUUCAGGGACAGGCUGGCUGCAUAGGCAGAGGAUGUGUUUUGCUGAAAUAGGAUAGCUGGGGCCUCCCUCUUCCAGGGAGCUCUGAGCAUCCUUUGUUCUCCUACCUGGACUUCGAGGUACCCUGAGUGAAUUGCUCUCUCGGAGCUGUUUGCUUUUGCACUUUUUUGUGGCAGAAGUGUGAUGUAAAGGUCACACCUUCUCUUCAGGAACUCGCGGUAGAUGUGAGGGUGUUAGGCCCGGGGGGCCUUGGCGCCUGUGAGGUGAGGAGUUGGACACACCUGUGAAAUGGGGCAGCUUGGCGCCCUCCUUGCAAGAUCAACUGAGAUGCUGUAGGGAACACCUGGCCCCCUUCCUCCGGGCCGUUCCUUACCUGCCGCCCGUGUUUCCCAGGGAGGGAUGACGGCCCAGGCAAGGAUCGUGCUUUUGUUGAGCGCUGUAUUCCUGGCAUCAGGCUGUACACCUGACCCUGGGGAUUCAGUGGAGUAGACUGUCAUCCUGCUUUGUCUUUAUGGCAUCCGUGCCAUUUGCAGAGACUGAAAAGCCAGGCUGAUGGGACAUGGGGUUCUAGACUCCUGUAGUUUCUGCCUGUCCCGUUUCCCUCCCUCGUCCCCUCAGAUACCAGGGCAGGAGAGGAUGUCUGUGUCUAGAGGAAACCCUUUGGAAACAGCAGUGCAGUUCAUACAGUAACCCUUCCAAGGAUGUCUCGAAGCUGGUACCAAAGGUUAUGUGUUUUCCUUCCUGCUUGUUUCUGGUACCGGGAAUCAAACUCAGGACCUUGCAUUUGCCAGGCAGGCGCUGUGCCGCUGAGCUGCAUCCCCGGCCCUUCUUCCUGUCUUCUUGUGAGUCCAGAGAGACUGCUCCUCCCAGCUCAAGGGGGCAGGUCCUGGGAUGAGGGUGGAGGAUGAACAUGCCCGAAGCUGGGGAUGAAGAACUAUUUUUGUUUGCUUGAGAGGAGCUAUGAAGGAACACAUUGCUCUAAUUGGGAUGAAGUGGGAAGUGGGGAUGUCCAUCGGUCAGAUUCUGUUCCAUCAAGUUCGUGUCUUCCCACCGAACCGUUCAGAUCCUCCCUUCCCUCCCAUCCCCUUUGCUCUGGCAGGCUGCCAGAGGAGAGAAGUGCUAUGUAUUUGUAUAAUCUCAUUCCUGGGCAGCUUCAGACUUGGGCUUUUCCCUCCCCGCCCCUGUCCUGGAUCUUGGCAGGCCGCGUGCAGGUUGCUGGUGUCUCUCACCUGAGGAGCCUGCGCCUUUGCUCCUGAGACCGGUUCUUACUUGUCACUUUCUGGCUUCAUCCUCUCUGUGUUAAUACAGACUCUCAAGUCUGACGCAGAGAAGGGCUCGGGAGGGUGUGGGCCCCUCUUACCCCUGCUGACCCGAAGUCAGUACAGACGUGAAGGAGGCCUGGCCUAGCAUGGGACUUCAUUUUGGUAAAGGUAAAUGGGGGAGGCCGUGGAGGAGGAGGCUUUCUGCUUCCCUGAAAAGCCAGCGAGCUGCCUUCGAGAAGGCAUGGAGCUGGGGGCUGAGCUGUAGUCACGGAACUUGUACGUCUACUGGUUUUCUCUUCUCCCUCCUCUGCAAAAUAAAAUGAAAUAGAACUGGGACCAAUUUUUUUUUUUUAAACUUUGCAUAUGUUUUUGAGUGAAUUUCCCUCUCUCACCAUGGACAAAGCUCUUUUUGGGGGCGAAGAAAAACUGUUUGAACCACACCAAUGAUAUUUUCGUUUGUAAUACUUGAAAUUUAUUUUUUUAUUAUUUUGAUAGCAGAUGUGCUAUUUAUUUAUUUAAUAUGUAUAAGGGAGCCUAAAAAUAGAAAGCUGUAUAGAUGGAGUUUAAUUGUCAGUUGGUUUGGGGGCCUUCGAUGUGUGACUUCUGACUUCUCUGUGUUCUGUAUAUUUGUCUGAAUUAAUGACCUGGGUUGAAGCUUUGCUGGCUUUCAGACAGGGAAUGCCUUUGAGAAAUUUGUAUAUUUUGCAAUUGCCAGACCAAUAAAAUACCUGGUUGAACUACA